GACCCCAGACUGAAGCUGUUUCCCACGUGGGACCAUGAGAACAGCACACUUCAUUCACAAAGGUUUUUCCUUUCUUCUCGGUGCAGCAAACAAUCUGGCGGCUGAUACCAGUGAGAUGGGCAGCUGUUCCUCAGGAUCAAACGUGCAGGAGGCCAGGGAGCCUGUUCAGAAGAGGAUACGGGAUUUCAAAGGGGACAUUACCAGGUCCUUCCUGGCAAAGUGGAAGCAGUUUGAAAAGGAUAUACAUGCCUCUUUCAGAAUCCUGAAUGCAAACCUCCACAGUAUUUUCAAAGCGCAGCAGAAGUCAAGGCAAGAGCUUCACGCCAUGCACUCCCAGAUGUUUGAGUCCCUGCAUCAGGGGUGGCUGGACGAUGUGGAGAGUUCAAGGGAGCAAGAAGAUCACCUCGCUCUUAUAACCUGGAAGCAGAUGAAGAUUUUACAGAAAGCUAUAGGGGAUCACGAAACCACGAUUGGAAACGCUAAAGAUUUACGUGACACACUUUUGAAGAAAGCCAAGGACUUACAUGAACAUGGCAAAGCUCUCAUUGGUGGUGAAGAAAGUGAAGUGAAGAAAGAAAUCUCCAAGGCGCAGGACAGAGUUAUCAUGGAAAGUCAAGAGCAGGAUACACAACUUGUGGUUAGUUCUCUCUUUCUGAAGAACAGGUCCAAGGAGCAUGCACAUCCGCUCCCAUCAGAGAAUUCUGCGGUGGCCUACCCGCUCGCUCUUCCUCACGUUGUGCCAGCGUGGAUCUCGCUCCAAGGUUUCGAAAGUCUCCGUGAUGAUCGCUGUGAAUCUUUCGCUGUUGCCCUGAAGAAAGUUCUUAUUGGGCUCUGUAUCGAAACACAUUCUUAA